AUGGACGUCUUGUAAUUCAGCUGAUAUUUACCGCAGCUUUGUCAGGGGUUAAUGGAGUGUCCUCGGAUAUUGGUUAUAAUAAUAGCGAAUCGCUUAAGAAGUGUGGUUACAAUACCCAUUUCAACGACAGUGUCAACCGCUGUGUAGAGUGUCGAUUGGGCAGCUAUGGAGUGAAUUGUAAAGAAGAAUGCAUUAGAGGUUAUUAUGGCUAUCUUUGCCGGAGCAGCUGCAGUUGUGAAGUAUCCGCAUGUGAUCCAGUUACGGGAUGCCAAGAUCAUUCUAAUGUCAGUGGCAACACGAAUUCCAAGAAACCAACCCAAGGCAAAACUACUAUACCAUAUCAAGAAAGCUCAGCGAUACAUUCAGAAUCCACGAAAUUAAUAUUAACGCAGGAAAGGGGGAAUCCCGUUUUCAGGGAGCAUCAUGAAAAUCAGAUUUGGAUGUUGGUCUGCCUUGCUCUCGUUGGAUUCUUAGGCACAACUUUCAUUGCUGGUCUUCUCAUCUACACGAGGAAACUGGGCUGGUGCAAAUCUACUUCACAAUAUCCUUACUUAGGAGGUGGAACUGCUAUCGCUGGAAAUAACAUUGAAGUGGAACCUGACGGACAGCCCAUAGGCGAGAUGUGUGGUUCCAAUGAUGAUGUUGACGUUUACGACGAAAUUCGCAACUCAUUCCAAUAUAACUGCAGCAACUCAUGGGUAAACUCACGUCUUUCUCCGUGUUGUGGAAACGGAAGCAACAUCCGCGACAGAGAAACUCAAAUGUCACAAAACAUUUACAGUAAAUAUGAGGAUGAGGAUGAUGGUCAGUACAGCACCCUUCAGUUAAAGAAAAGACAGAGUGCCGAUUCAAACAUGAAUGGAUGGCCGAGACGUGAAGGAGCAUGUAGUUCACAGGAAGAGUACGCAUCAUUGAAAUCAUCUGGUAUUAUUGGUGAUGCAGCGAAAAAAAGAAAGGGAAGAUUAAAAAUCUUGAACAGAAUAUCUGGAGUCAAUUUUACCUGGCGCAGACAAAACAAGAAAUCCAUUGGCAGUCUUACUGACUUUACUUCUGAAAAUGGACUUGUAGAGUUGAACAAGGGUGCUGCAAAUGAAGAAUAUUCAAUGACGACAGGAUGCUCUGGAAAAACAAUCAACGAAGAGGAGAGACCAUACAGUCUCGUCAAUAUCUGUGAUAUAAAUGAUGAAUGCUGAAAUAUAAAAUCAAAGUUUCCAUCUGAUGGAUUCUGUGGAGGAAACAAGUAAGCUUGCAAGGGAACAUCCAUUUUUUGUUUGUUUAUGUUUUUCAAGCCAUGUAUAAUAAUAAAGAUAUUCCAAAAUGUU